CGCGACGGCGACGACCCCGCCGCGCGCGGCGCCGCGCGCGACGACGACGGACCCGCCGCGCGCGACGGCCGGUGUCUCGGCAUGAAUGAUUUACUCGCCGCCGUGGGCGCGACGAACGUGUACGACGGCGACGCGCGCGCGCGCGCGAACGCGUCGAACGGUUCGAACGACGUCGCGGACGUCGAGCUCGGGACGCGAGACGCGGGAGGGCGCGGGACGACGACCGCGAGCGAUGGGACGGUGGCGACGACGUCGACGACGUCCGAGGAUCUCAUGUCGACCUUCUUCGGCGACGUGCAAGCGGUGAAAUCGAACAUGACGCAGAUUCGCGCGGCGCUGCGCGCGCUGCACGACGAACACGAGGCGUCGAAACGCGCGACUUCGGCGGAGGAAACGCGCGAGAGGCAGGAUCGCAUGAACGCGACGAUCGAAAGCGUGAGUAAGAUUGCGCGAGAGACAAAGUUAAGGCUGGAGAACCUGGACGAGGAUAACGAAAAGGCGUUAAAGAGUGGGAAAAUCGCCCAAGGGUCGAGCGAGCAUCGCACGCGCGCGGCGCUGACGAGCUCGAUGAAGACGAAGUUGAAGGAACAGAUGGGUGAGUUUCAAAACUUGCGCGAACGCUUACGAGAGGAAUAUAAGGAAAUCGUCGAGCGGCGAUAUUUCGCGGUGACUGGAACGGAGGCGAAGGAGGAAGACGUCGAGCGGUUGAUCGAAACCGGCGAGAGCGAGACGAUGUUUCAAACAGCCCUGCUCGAGCAAGGUCGGGGACAGAUUUUAGACACCGUAAACGAGAUUCAAGAGCGACACAACGCCAUUCUCGAGCUCGAACGUAAGCUACUCGAGCUGAACCAGGUGUUUUUAGACAUGUCCGUUCUCGUCGAGGCGCAAGGAGAGAUGAUCGACAACGUCGAAAGCCACGUGGCGAGAUCCGUGGAAUACGUGCAGCAAGGGCACGUCGAGCUUAAAAAGGCGCGCGCGUAUCAGAAGAACACGCGCAAGUGGACGUGCAUCGUGAUCGUCAUCUUGAUGACCAUAUUAAUAUCCGUGCUCCUUCCCGUGUUAAAGCCGUGGAAGUCGGGCAGCGCGUAGUAAAUAAUCGCCGCGCCGGUCGU